CAUAUAUAGAGCUCAGCGGAAACAUAUAAAUUAUAGCAUCUGACCAAUGAGAAUUUCGCGUCGCGAUUUGAGACGCAGAUAUUCAAAUUUAUUAGUCAUCGAUGCAGGCUCUCAAUUCAGCUUGAGAGCCUGUUCGCAGGCUAUGCCCAGUCAUGCUAGAUUUGCACAUAUUCCGACUAAGUUCUGGUCUUGAAUAACUUGGACUUGGACAGAUCAAACGGUACAAGCAAAAAGUUAAGUACGCAGAUGAGAAGAAUAUCGCGUACGUACGUGGUACGUAGCUGACAAAACAGAAGUAUAAUAUUGACCGUAAUAUUGGUUGGUCCUCCGUUACGUCAGUACGCGAAUUAUCGCACCCCGCUGAAAGUUUCUCGUAAAACAACACUUUCGUACUUACAAAAAACGAACGAUCUGUACCAGUGUAUAGAUCUGUACCUUGAACGAUCUUCGGAUUGAUAGUGAUGAAACUACCUGAAAAAUAUAAGGAGAACUACUAACUUCGGAGUGUGGAUACUAAAUUCCAACGAAGGGUCUUCGCUCGAAACGUCGAAAUUCUCCUUGUAUUUUUCAGGUAGUUGCAUUCCUGUCAAUCCGAGGUUUUUCAGAAAAUCUGCCUAUGGUAUAAAAUAAAUUGUUUUGUUAUUCUAUUUAUUUAAAUUGCAUAUUUUGUAGGGAAACACGUGAAAAUCCAUACAAAUCACCUUUAAAGAGACCCAUGACACCCUUGUAAGUGAACAAUUGACCUAUGGUUGGGCUAAUAGCCUGUUAUGUAUAAGUGGUAUAAUCUUCAAUGUACUGUAUAUAUGACCCAGUCUGUACACUUGUGUAAAUACAGGCCAAGGACGUCUAAACGGAGAGUUAUUACAGAGAGAGUUAUAUCGGAGAGUUAAGAUUUCGGACAGAGUUAAGUUUGAGAGUUAAGUUCCAAACCAGCACACCAAACUCUCCCAAUGUUUUCUUUCAACUAACAUAAGAGGGUUAACAUUGACGCAACUCUCUUCCGUAUAAAUUUGUAACAUAUUACGUAACAUUGUAACAUAUAACAUAUUUGUAACAACCUUAAACUUAAUUAAGAAGUUUUCUACUUACGGUUCGGUUUUGGUCGAAGAAAGGUUAUGUACGUAUUGCUCAGGUAACGGGUAGAUACGUCUCGUCAUUUACAGUACUGUAUAUUGAUGACGCUCGCCUUCUUCACAACCGUAACAACAGUUAGAAAUUUGUUAACAGUUACUCUCUCAUAAUCAAUUUAUGUUUUGACGGAAGAGAGUUCCUUCAAAUUUAAAUCUCAUGUUGAUCUGAGAUAAGAAAUUGGGUGUGGUCGCUGGAGAAAGUGGACGGGGCUCGAACUCAACUCUCCGAAAUCUCAACUCUCUGAUAUAAUUUUCCUUAUAGAAUAACUCUCCUUUUAAUAGUCAUACCCAUACACACCCUGGUAAUGGUUUCUUAUAGGGAACAAAUGAAAUUACGAAAGCAAGAACAAGCGGAUGCACAAGCGGAAAGACUAAAGUUAGUGUUUGCCAUAUCACUCACAUAUUUCCUGAUUAAUAUUGCACAGAUGUUUUUACCUCACAAAAUCUUCACUCAACCUCGUACCCAAGGCUCUUUCCGCUACGCUUCUCACUCUCGUCGGUUAAGCCUUAAGUGGUGUGUAUCGUCAAGUGUCUCUAACGAUCCCACUUAGGGCGAAACAGAGAGUGGAGAUUAUGGAAGUUUCCCGUUUCUGGUUGUUUUGUUCUCUUUGAUACUUGGUAUAUAAUAAAAUACCUAUUGACUGGGACUUUCGGGAAACACCAUGUAUUGUGAACAUUGGCAGUCUCUGGUCCACAAAACAUACUGUUUCCUUCGGUCCCAAUUCGCUCAAUCUUUAUGUGAAGAAUUCUGAAUUGCACGACGUCAUAAAUUACAUGUUUGUUUUCAGACAGUACACAGCGAAGCAAUUUGCAGAAAGUCGACAGCAAUAUUCGGAUGUGAAACGAAAACAGGUAAAUUUCGUGUUGGGUCAAGCGCACCGAAAUGUGGCAUUUUGUUUGGAUCUACCCCGGCGUUCUAGUUGGAGCGGACCACUGUAAAGGUCCAGUAACGCUGUGAGGAAUUUUUGUAAGGGCCAUCUCUUAUUGGUCUACACCAUUCCUCACAGCCUUACUGCAUGGACCUUUACAGAGAAUAGUUUAUAACUGAUAAUCUAGUAGAGCUAUACAGUACAAAUAAAGUUAGUUAAGUUUAGGUUUCCUCCUGUAUUGAUAAGUAUGGGUUCCUUUCUUUCCCAGCUUACUGACUUCUAGCGAGAACCGUUUAUAAAAGUUAUAGAGUUACGUUUGGUUCAAGUGUAUUCCUGUAUUGACACAGAUCCAACGUGGAAUGACCCAUAUAUUGUACCUCUAGCGAAAACAACUAUUCAUUGUAAAUGAAGUAAGUCGAGCUUAGUUUAUUGUAGUUCUUGAAUUCUACAAUUUGUUUGUUUUCCAGUCUCGUAUAUCAGUGGGUUUACCUUGGGUCGAUGAACAUCCUGAUGUAUUUAGCGAGUUGCCAGAGGUCCGUGAAGACGACACUGAGAGCCCGAGACUGCCAGCAGCACAUUACAGAGCACGUGAACAAAACGUGGUCACUAGCAGUGGGGACAGCGGGCAUAUUGCGAGUGAUCAAGAGGAGGAAGCUGGUGACAAGUAUGAAGAUACUCUAUCGACUGAAGGUAUUAUAAUUUCCAUUAGAUUAUUUUAUUCUGAUUGCAAACUGCUCUAUACAUAACCAUCCACAUAGCUAAAAUACUGAAACUAAACAUAAAAACUGGCUGAGCCGUGUCCCUUAUGACAUGGCCAACUGGGAUAUGAUGAUCUACAGUACACAUAAAAACACACAUUUUAACAAACCUGCAGCAGACUUGUAGCGAUGCUGUUCCAACAACUUGUCAACAGGAUGUGUUCGCACUGCUUGUACCCAGCUUGUUGACAAGUUGUCAGCGGCUUGUUGACAACUUGCAACAAGGUUAUUGAUUCAACAGACUUGUUACAAGUUGUUCCAACAACUUGUUAUCUCCUGCAAUUCAACAACUUGAUAACAAGUUGUGAGUGACAACCUUGCAGCAACUUGAUAAAAUAACAACAUUGUUACAACUUGUUGACAAGCUUGCUACAAGCCUGUUGCGAACACAUCUUGUUGACAAGUUGUGAGAUUUUUACAUGUGUAGUACAGAUAUUAUUAACGUCCAAUACAAGCUAAAGAGGAAAGGUUAAUUCGUUGGACAUACAAUUCUGAAUCCUACAGAUAAGCAACAUGAAAAUUGACCUGUUUUACUAUCCGAUGUUUACUAGAACUGAGCGACGACCUAACUUUGACGAACGUCUCCACGAUUCCCGAAGACAGCCUAGAAGCGGAGACAUACUACUCUCAGUUUGAGAAUGAAUUCGAGGAUGACGAUGACCUCGAGGACAGUGGUGGAUCUGAGGGGUCAGAUGAGGAUAACGAUGAACAUAAUGCAUUAAUAAAUCAACUACAGGCAGCCCUAGAACUUGAUACUCAGGAGACUAUUCUUGAGGAGGAGACGAUCGAAGAACGGUUUUCUCAAACUCUACGACAGCAAAGAAUCAUCGCUUUGAAACAGUAUCCUUUCUGUAAAUGAGAUGGACAUUGAGAAGGUCUAUGCUAGAGACUCAUCAUCGGUCAUACAGAUCAUCCGUCUCUAAUAUCAAGCCCCUACUAUAGUAUAAACCGUAGAUGGAGAUUAUCGAGUGGAAAUUUAUCUACAUUUAUUAGACCUAACCAUGAACAGAAGCGAAAAAUGCAACUAUAGGUCCCUUGCAGGAAUCGAACCUUCGGCCCUGCGAUUCCGGUGCAGCGCUCUAACCAACUGAGCUACAGAGGCCAGUUGUCGAGCUCUAACCACAAGUUCAUGUACACAGAUACUUCAAUUAAGGUUGUCCCCGAGUAAAGCGGAAAAGUCGAAUACAAGCGCGAAAGCUUGCUGGGAAUCGCUAAAAAAUUAAUGAAUUUUUUAGCGAUUCUCAGCAAGUCUUUCGCGCUCGUAUUCGACUUUUCCGCUAUGUUCGGGGACAACCUUAAUUGGAAUAGCUGUAUACUAGGAUACUGCCAAGGCAAGGGCCGCGGGUUCGAUCCUGCCAGGGACCUGGUUAGGUCUAAUAAAUGUAUAUAAAUUUCCGCUCGAUAAUUUCCAUCUACAAUACCCUUCAACUAUUAUUCAUUUGAGUGAGAUGCCAACAAAAUAUUGAUAUUUACCUAUAUUACCUGCAUUGUACUUAACUGGGAAAAUGCAAUAUAUAAAAUUACACUCGAUAAUUUCCAAACACUCCAAAAUUUACAAAUUUUACCUGCAUUGGUCCCCUACAUUUGAGAUAUCUUUUUCAGGUAUAGUUGAAACACAAACCAUGGCAGUGUGUUAUUAUAAAAUUACUUUAUGGUUUCCGUGUUUGGAUGGCCUGAUCCAAACACGCGGGAAUGUUGCGAGAGUUAAGAAAAGCGCGCGAAACACGAGCCGAAGGCGAGUGAUUUUGCGCUCUUUUCUUAACUCGAGCAACAUUCCCAAGAGUUUGGAUCAGGCCAUCCAAACACGGAAACCAUAAAGUAAUUGUUUUAUAAAAUAACAACUUUCCAUGUUAAAAUUUCACUUUAAAAAACUUUCACUUUAAAUUUCCGUGUUUGGAUGCCCUGAUCCAAACACGGAUUUUGACCAAUCAGAGCACGCGUUAUAUACAUGUUAUUUUAUAAAGAAUAUUAUCUAUGUGGAACCUCGUUCCUUGAUUCGUUUAUCAGAGAAUGCAUCAAAGUGUUUGGCGAGAAAACGUUCAAGAAGGUUUAUCGAUAUUUGAGAGAAGUUCGUUUUGACCGCAAGGAAACAAUGGACGAGCAAUCGAUCAUUGAAGGAUUGGGAAAGUUUGUAGCCCACCCUACAGACUGCUUUCUGGUCGAUCAACUACUGUUCUUGGAAAAACAAAUGGAGAUCUCUGCGAGUGUUCGCUGAAUAUUUUUUAAUACCCUAAAUAGCCUUGCAGUGGGCAGAGUCGUAGAGAGUUUUUGAAUGGACGAAGCAAAAAUUGGCGUCUUUCAGGGGCUGCUUGUACGAAGGCUGGGCAGUACUACCCAAAAAAUAAAUUUUAAUUUAUAAUUAAAUUUAGGAAGCUUGAAAAAAUUGCUUUGCUGUGGACAGUGCCGUACGGCCUUUGUACAACCGGCCACAAAAUGUAAUUCAGCCCAAGGGAAAUUACACAUUGUUUCACUAAGGUGGGAAUCCAGGAAACACUGGUUCCUAGACUAACCGCUAGCCAAAGCCUGCGUACACGCGUAAAAAUGGAGAAAAUCAACUUGUUGCAAGUUGAUAUCGACAGGCGCGAACAUGGAGAAACAUGGCUAGCCUAACCUGCGUAGCUGGCGGUUUUAAGCAGGGCGCUUAUAUAUAUAAGCGCCCUGGUUUUAAGGGUUGGGGUUGAGUCGAGGCCAACGAAACUGAUUAGGGAGGCGAGGAGCGGGAAACGGGGAAAUGCUGGCGAGGCCGCGUCUCGCCUCCCUAAUUUUCGUUGGCCUCGCCUCAACCCCAACCCGUAAAACCGCCAGCUACACGGCUAAAAACGCACAGGUUGUUGCAAGUUGAUAUCGACAGGCGUGAACAAUGUUGUGCGGCCAACUAUGAACUAGCCUGCGAACAGGCUCUCUCAAUUCAGCUUGAGAGCCUGUUCGCGGGCUAACUAUGAACAAGUUGUCAACCAUGUUGUUCCAAGUUGUUACAGUUGAACAAUGCUGUAACAACAUGUUGACAAUACUGUUCUUAGUGGGCCGCACAACCUCGGUGAGUGAACAAGGAAACACUUGUUAUGUUUUAUUGAAACACUGUUUCCUAGUUUGCCUUGAGCCUAGUUAAUUAAGUCUCAAGCAGGUUUUGAGCCGAAAUUGGUCCGCUUAGAUCGAUCGAGUACUUAGAGUACCGCUUAGAGUACUAUGUACAUCAUUUUUUUAUGUCCAAUAAAUUAGUGUUCCUAUUGAAAAGGAUAAACGUUUUAAUCUGCUCAUAGACGGACUGGGUUUUGAACUGGAUGUCGUUGCUGCUAGAACGUCAAAAACGAUGUCUCGCUAACCGGUAUCCUAAUUUUUAGCGAGAUAAGGGAAAAACCAAGCCUGUCUCGGCAGAACCCUCGGUAUUCGCCCUCGUUUUCAGUACGGCUAUCUUUAAAAUAGGGAACGGG